UUCAAUGCAUAUACCUACCAACCUUAACCAUCUAAGUUCUAGUGAAAAAUUUCAGUGAUCAAAGACUUUUAGUCUCUUGAAUUUUCAUUGUAACAUUAAGAAAUUACUAUCAAUACCAAUGGCCGUUUCAUCUUAUCAAUCUAUCAUGUCAAGCUCUAUGAUCAACAUUUCUAGAGUUAACAAAUUUAACAACAUUCCUUCUGUGUACAUGCCUAGCUUGAGAAGAAAUGCUAGCCUCAAAGUUAGAUCCAUGGCUGAGAAACAGAAGAAAGAGCAACCGAAAUUGUCUGUAGACCCAAUUACACCACCAUCGGCAGCCUCUACUCGUUCACCAAAGAUAAGCACAAAGUUUACGGAUUUGAUGGCUUUUAGUGGGCCAGCACCUGAAAGGAUCAAUGGAAGAUUGGCUAUGAUUGGUUUUGUAGCUGCAAUUGGGGUGGAGUUAGCAAAAGGACAGGGUUUGUUUGACCAAAUAUCUGGUGGUGGAGUUCCAUGGUUCUUGUAUACAAGUGUAUUGUUGUCUGUUGCUUCAUUGGUUCCAUUAUUUGAAGGGGUUAGUGUGGAAUCUAAAUCAAAAGGUAUCAUGUCCUCAAAUGCAGAGUUGUGGAAUGGAAGACUUGCUAUGUUGGGUUUGAUUGCUUUGGCUAUUACAGAGUAUGUUAAGGGAAGCACCCUUGUGUAAUAUAGAAAUCCAUAGGGACACAAUUAAGAUAUAUAGGAUUUGUGGUUAGAAACCAAGUUAUGAAUCUUAAUGUAUAUUCUUAUGCAAUUUUAUAAAGAAUAUUUUUACCAUUGAUAAGCAAA